GACGGGAUAUGGUUCCUCAAUUGUUUACCGUGGAACUUCAUGUCAUUUCUGACAAAGAGCACCAAGUGAAUUUCAAAAGGAAUGACGAUUUAAUCGCCUAUAUGGCUGUCAUGUCAAAUGCAGUAAACUUAAGAUACGUGGACAUGCAAAAUCCAAGAAUAAAAUUCAAGCUCAUGGGAAUAACCAGAAAUAAGAACGACAGUUUUUCGAAAGUUGGCCGAGGCACAGUUGAGUCGGACCCGACUUUGCAAGGCUUGGCAAAGUAUUUCCAAAGGGGACAGUUGCCAGGGAAUCCUGACCUGGUAUAUUUUGUUACUGGCCUUGACAUGAUCGAAUUUGAAAAUGGAGAAAUGAAGAGAGGCAUAAGAGUUUGCACACCAUGA